AUUACCUUACAUAACAAACAAGAAAGCAACAAUCCAUCUAUCUAUCUUCCACUACGCUCCUUCCUUCCUUCUCUUAUUAAUAUUAUUAUUCAACAACAACAGCAACAGUAGCUUUAGCAGCAGCAACAGAUUAAGCAAUGGCAUCUUCAAGAUUUUCUCUCCUCUUCCCAUUCUUUGUUUCCUUCCUUCUUUGCAUCAUCUCUCACCCUGUCCUUUGUGACGAUCAGGAGGAUGGCCUUCUUCAAAGCAUUAACAACUAUAGGACAUCCUUGAAUUUGACUGCCCUCACAAAAAAUGAUAAUGCAGAGUGCCUUGCUGGGGAAUUAGCUGACCAGUUUAAGGAUCAACCCUGUACAUAUGCCACGGGCUCCAACACAGUACCAGGCACUGAAACGCAGUUCCCCAAUUACCCAAGCCUUCUAGCCAAAUGCCAUCUGAAUGUAUCCAACACAAGGGAUGGAGCUUUGAUGCCCGCUUGUGUUCCCAACCUGGAUCCGAGUCUUGUGCUAACUAACUUCACGCAGACUCAAUACUCGGGUAGCCUUGAUGAUGCUAAGUUUACGGGAGCUGGGAUAGGUUCUGAUGGUAACUGGAUUGUUGUUGUUCUGACCACAAGCACACCUGAGGGAAGCUUUGUGACUUCUAAGGCAGACAGUUCGGAUUACAAUGCAGCCAAUUUGACAGACAAGAAUAUCGGUCUAAUCUACUUGCUGUUUUUGCUGACGGCUUCUCUCUUCUUGUUGUAAACUAAGUGGAUGGCUACCAUUAGCACGCCUGAAUGCAAUUCGAUUUUACACGGAUACAAACCAGCUGAGGGCAGCUUCUUUUCUUUUAUGCAAAUUUUACCUGCUCCCUUUGAUUUCACUUGGUUCUAACUUGAUUUGUAAUGCUGUCGUUGAGAAAAAUGUUUCAGAGUGGACUGAUUAUUUGUAUCACUGUUUUUUUUCUUAUUCAUACGGAGACAAGAGCUAAAGAAAAGAGAAUAAAACUUGUUGUGUACCA